GCUUAGUGGCACUGAGCGAGUGAUGGGUGAUUGUGUGCGCGGCUCGCCACUUCCCCCGCCCGAGGAAGUUCAGAGGACCGACUUGUAGACUUGUAACUAUGUAGCUUCGCCCUUAUAGUUUUUGAAAAAAGUUAAUGCAGUGCAGUUGAUUACUACUGAAAUAGUACUCCAUGUUUUUACCGAGAUUAGUGUGGCGGGGAAUGUUGCAGAGUUGAUACAUGAAUGGGAGUUUUAGUACAAGCGAACAUUAGUUUGGCGACAACCACCUGUGAGUGUCUUGUGAUCGCGUAGUGCUGCCUCCAGGUGCUGGCAGGCCCCUGUGGUGAUGGGGGCCGCGCUGCACAUACUGCUGCUCAUCGCUCACGCAGCCCUCGCCGCCGCCACCAAGGCAGGAGGAGGAGGAGGAGGAGAAGGUUUUGUAUUGCUGUACAGGAGGAGGAAGAGAUUUUGUGUUGCUGGCAAGAGGAAGAGAUUUUGUGUUGCUGGGAAGGGGAAGAAGAAAUUUUAGGCAGUGAUGGAGAAUGUGGGUCCCUCCUGGCUGGGUCCUGCACAGCAAUACAAAACCGUAGUGGUUGAGGGCCGUAGUGACUGGUUCCCAUCCUGGUGGUAUGAGUUGCCAGCGCUGCAUCUCUUCUACAGUGCUGCCAUGCCAGGUGAGAUAAACUGUGCAGGGGACAAGGUGUUGGUGGCUUGAGGUGGGCAGGGCAGCAAUCCCAGCAACCAGUACAAUGGGCAGAAGGGACAGGGACACAUUGUGAAGCUGGAACUGAAGCUGUUGGCCGAUGUGGGUCUGGUGGGCUUCCCUAACGCUGGCAAGUCCACACUGCUGUGGGCCAUCUCCAGGGCCAGACCCAAGGUGGCCAGCUACCCCUCCGACCCUGGGUGUGGUGGAGUACAGUGACAUGCGGCGGCUGACCAUCGCUGACCUGCCAGGACUCAUUGAGGGUGCCUGGGCCAACGUGGGGAUGGGGCACUGCUUCCUGCGCCACGUGGAGCGGACACACUUCCUCCUCUUUGUGGUGGACAUCAACGGCUUCCGGCUGUCACCCAAACAGCCAUACCGCUCACCCACCGAGAAUGUCAUGCUGGUCAACAGGGAGUUGGAGCUGUAUUCACCUGACCUGCUGAGUAAGCCAGCACUCCUUAUGGUGAAUAAGGUGGACUCUCCCAAUGCUGAGUCUUGCCUGCAGGAACUCCUUCACAACAUUAAGAGGAUGGAGGACUAUGUGUUGUGUUGCUCCUGUGGUGCCAAACUCACAGAGAACUCAUGGGAUAACUUUGUAAACAUCUCCAUUCCACUGUCUGAGGCAUCCCAGCUGGUGACCAUCCUGGGACACCCCCACCUCAUGGUCCAGACCCUCAGGAACCCUGCUGACCUUGCUUUUGACUUGGUGACUGUCAGGAGGUCAGGCUGCUCAGGAGUGGGAGAGGAUAUUUGAACCAGAAAGCAAAGCCAGCACAACCCACUUCAAAGCUUCCUUGGAGGGUUUCUAUGGAUUCAUUCUAGAGAAACUGGUCACUGAGAAAUUUUCAGACUCCUCAUUGGCCUUCCCAAGCACCAGCAGUUUUAGCACAAUGGCACAAGACAGGUAGGACAUGGUGCCUCUCAACCUCGAGCUUCUGGCUGAGCUGGAGGAGGAAGCAACCUCUCAUUAUACUGAGGAGGAUAACCAGUUUACAGAGCACUGCAAGAAGAGCCUGCCUAAGCCGCCAAUACUCCCUGCUGACAGAUUUGACCGCAACAGACAGUGCAGAGGCAACUUUAGGCAUCAAGACUACAGGAAGGAAGGAGGCUGCAGGGAUCAAGGGGAGUACAGAGGUCAUGGGAAUUAUAGGGAUCGUGGGAAUUACAGGGAUCACAGGAGGGAAUAUUCUGACCACAGGCAAGGGAGGUUUGUCAGUGACCACAGAGAUCAUGAUGACAGCAGAAGGGAUAGCGAGAAGAGGAAGUACAGGUCUGAGAAGGAGAGUGAUGAGUAUGGAAGAAGGAAUUACCAGUCCAGCAAAUACUACAAUGGGUGGGGGGGGGUGUCAUCCUGUUGAGUUUUGUGAAUCCAGUGGCUGGUAUAUUUAUCUUUCAUCAGGGACUUCACGCAAGCUUCCACGCCAUUAAUUCUUUGACCAUUACCAAAGGUUACUGACAUUUAAUUUACAUUUAAAUGCCUGCCUGCCUGUCUGUUCAUAUCUUUCUCUCACAACAUACUCACCAUUCACUUGUGAACAUUUAGAUUUUUAGGAAAUAUUUUUGAGCAAGUUCCUUCAUCACAAGGCAACCAUCUACUAAAAAGAAAGAAAAAUGGAAUAUAUGUUGGCAUUUCCUUGAUUGCUUUUGGUGUUAGUGUGUGACUUUCCAGAGUGACAAUACAAGUGUUAUCCCCACUACAAGUCAUGCACUAUAUAUAACAUCACUGAGUAUCUUUUCUCUCAUUUUCAUAUAAAUGUUUGUAACAUUUUCAUAUAAAUGUAUGCUAACUUUUAUGUGGACUUGCUGUAAGAUUUUUUAAAAGUAAAGUAUUUUUCCAA